AUGCUAUCGACAGUGGCAGUGGACGACGCUAUUCGCACGCUGAGCGUAGAGCUGACCAAGGAAAAAGGUGCCUCUGUGAUUGGCGAAACCGAGGCGGAGAGAGAGGUCCUGAUGCAUUACGCUACCAAGGGUCGACGUCGUGCUGCUAUGGGGGCGAUCACUGGCUCCUCAGUCAUGGCGGGAUUGUGGAAGAUGUCGAAGAACAAGCAAAGACUGGUCGGGGCGUUUGCAAUGAUGUCUGGUGGUCUCUUUGGAGCUUCGUAUGGCGUGAUAAGUAUUCGUCGAAACUUGCUCUCGGAUCUCUUGAUGCUGCCACCGGACAAGUCGCCUUUUGCAACUCAUGCCAGGACCAUUUUGACGACCAAAAUACCGGAUAAUUCGUUCGUGCAAGAGCUCAACGAGAAGUUCAAAAACUCACUAGCCGCAACUGACUCGUGGGUCGAUGACGCCGACGCGCUGCAUGGUCUUGGACCGAAAACCCCGUCAAAAGGCCUUCCACAUCCGACUCGCCGUUUUGACAGCGCAAUCGACACGAGCGCCUCUUCGACCACGGGCCUCGAUCCGUCGCGUACCAAGAAAGACUCCAGCGAUGAAGAUGUCGGAGAGCCAGAUCACAGCGUAAGUCGCUCACCGUUUUUUUUCGGUGCAAAGCCCUCGUCGGAUGACGCUCUGGACAACGGCGACCGCGACACUCCACUUUCUCGUGACCCGUAUGCGCAUUUUACGCGUGAUCCUCGCCGCUCGCAACCCGACACGAAUGCAGCGCCACUGCGUCACGACGAAGACGACUACUUUUUCGACGCAGCCGGCAGUCGCGAUGAUCCCGUCAAGCCUACUACUUGGGAAGAAAUCCGACGUCGAGCUGCAGCGCAGCGCAAAUAA